AGGCAUCGUAGCCAAGAAAGUUCAGCUCAGCAAAGUAGCUAUUUGGGUGGAUUUAUAUUGAAAGAAUAAUUAACAGGACGAGAUGGAGAUGGAUUGGCCGGGUAAAUCGGAAACCAUUCUUUGGAACAGAAAACAAUUGUAUCCUCAUUAUUACUUUUGAGAUUAAAUUCAGUCUAGAGUCAAAUACAAAUGAUUGUAAUCUAGAAAGGCGAAAUAAUCUUAUCUUUUUACCGAAAUAGUAUACACUUGUUUUGGCGUAAACGUGUUUAAACUGGAACUUUUGGAAAAGAAGAGACAUUUGGAAUAACGAACUGUUGCAUUUAGGAGGAACUGCGGGAAUUUUUUCACUUUUGGAAAAAGUUUCGAAGAGGGAACUUUAUUUUACCAAACGGAUAUAGUAACCUACUUAUCUUAACCAUGGGGAAUAUUGAGAGUGUGGAUGGACAGUCGGACAAUAUGAAGCAUCAUAUAAUGCCAUUGAAAGUGCCCAUGCCUGACCAGUCAGAAUUGGAGGAGAGAUUUGCUUUAGUUUUGAAUUCCAUGAACCUUCCGCCGGACAAAGCCAGACUCCUCAGACAGUAUGAUAAUGAGAAGAAAUGGGACCUCAUCUGUGACCAGGAACGGUUUCAGGUGAAGAACCCUCCACACACCUACAUCUCCAAGCUACGGAGCUAUCUGGACCCGGGGGUCACCCGCAAGAAGUUCCGAAGGCGGGUCCAGGAAUCCACUAAGGUUCUGAGGGAACUGGAGAUAUCGCUGAGGACCAAUCACAUAGGGUGGGUCCGGGAGUUCCUCAACAAUGAGAACCGAGGUCUGGACAUCCUGGUGGAGUACCUCUCCUUCGCUCAGUGCGCUGUCAUGUUGAAUUUUGAGUGUCUGGAGAAUGGGGAGGAGACUUCCCUGGACAGGGCUAAGUCCUGGAGUAGGUCUAUAGAGGAUCUACACCAGAGCACCACACAGCCAUUCUGCAACACGCUGGUCCGCUCAGCGCGCCAGUCUGUGCUCCGGUACGGCGUGGCGCCGAACAACAAAACCAUUAAGAACUCGCGGCUUGUGAGCCAAAAGGACGACGUGCAUGUUUGUAUCAUGUGCCUGCGGGCCAUUAUGAACUAUCAGUACGGCUUCAACCUGGUCAUGUCCCAUGAACACGCAGUCAAUGAGAUAGCCCUCAGUCUGAACAACAAGAACUCAAGAACGAAAGCCCUGGUCCUGGAACUGCUGGCUGCCGUGUGUUUGGUCAGAGGAGGUCAUGAGAUAAUCCUCUCUGCCUUCGACAACUUCAAAGAGGUGUGCAAGGAGAAGCACCGCUUUGAGAAGCUGAUGGAGUAUUUCCGCGUGGAGGACGGGAACAUUGACUUCAUGGUGGCCUGUAUGCAGUUCAUCAACAUAGUCGUCCACUCAGUUGAAGAUAUGAACUUCCGGGUUCACCUGCAGUACGAGUUCACCAAGCUGGGCCUCGAUGACUACCUGGAGAAAUCCAAGCACACGGAGAGUGACAAGUUGUCCGUGCAGAUCCAGGCCUACCUAGACAACGUGUUUGAUGUGGGCGGCCUGCUGGAGGACGCAGAGACCAAGAACGUUGCUCUGGAGAAGGUGGAGGAACUGGAGGAACAUCUGUCCCAUGUGACGGAGAAGCUUCUGGACGUGGAGAAUGAGACCAUCAUGAAAGUGGCUGACCUGGAGAAACAGCUCCUGCAGAAAGACAAGGAUCUACAAGUCAUAAGGGAGACCUAUGAGUCCACAAACACCCAGGUUAACACCCUGAGGAGAAUGAUCAAGGAGAAGGACGCUGCCUUCCAGAGACACUUCAACAUUGAGAAGCGCCUGCUGGAGCUCGAACAGCAAGGGACCAUCCGGCUCCGUACGAAGCCCGACGGGGACAUCGCCAUCGAGCCCCUAGGCGGGGGUGGUGGUGGCGGUAGUGGUGGAGGGGGUGGAGGUCCCAGGGCGUCUUUGGGCGACUUUGGGCAGAAUGGAGGGCACUCGGUUGGACCAGCUGGGCCUGGGGGACCAGGGACCAGUCUACCAUCAGCCAGUGAAGCCCCUCCCCCUCCGCCACCUCCCCCGCCUCCCCCUCCUCUGCCUUCAGCUUCAGGGGAGCAGAACACUCCAUGCCCACCACCGCCUCCUCCAAUGGCCCCGCCUCUACCAGGAGCUUCACCUAAUUUCAUCCUCAAUAUUGGCCUAUCGGCCAUCCGCAUAAAGAAACCCAUCAAGACCAAGUUCCGUCUGCCUAUUUUCAACUGGACCGCUCUGAAACCCAACCAGAUCAAUGGCACAGUUUUCAGUGAGAUCGAUGACGAGCGAGUGCUAGAGGAGCUAGAUGUGGAAAGGUUCGAGGAGCUGUUUAAAACCAAGGCCCAGGGUCCGGUGGUGGACCUGAGUGGUCCCAAGACUAAGGUGUCUCAGAAGGCUGCCAACAAGGUGUCACUGUUGGAUGCCAACCGCUCCAAGAACUUGGCCAUCACCCUGAGAAAAGCCAACAAGAGCACUGAGGAGAUAUGCAAAGCCAUACAGACCUUUGAUCUGAAGGCCCUGCCGGUGGACUUCGUCGAGUGCCUGAUGCGUUUCCUUCCCACGGAGGCGGAGGUGAAGCUGAUGCGUCAGUACGAACGGGAGCGGCGGCCGCUGGACGUGCUGACGGACGAGGACCGUUUCAUGCUCUUCUUCUCCAAGAUCGAACGGCUCACCCAGAGGAUGAACAUCAUCACGUUUGUGGGGAACUUCUCGGAAAACAUCAACAUGCUAACCCCACAGCUCAACGCCAUCAUUGCAUCGUCAGCGUCCGUUAAGUCGUCGCCCAAGUUAAAACGGAUGCUGGAGAUCAUCUUAGCCCUGGGGAACUACAUGAACAGCGGCAAGAGAGGCUCUGUGUAUGGCUUUAAACUACAAAGUCUUGAUCUGCUGCUGGACACUAAGUCUACAGACAGGAAGAUGACCCUGCUCCACUACAUAGCUGUGGUUGUCAAGGAGAAGUACCCUGAGUUGGCUAACUUCUACAACGAACUGCACUUUGUGGACAAAGCAGCUGCAGUGUCUCUAGAGAAUGUGCUGCUGGAUGUUCGGGAGCUGGGUAAAGGAAUGGAUCUGAUCCGUAGAGAGUGUAGUCUUCAUGACCACUCUGUCCUCAAGGGUUUCCUACAGACCAGCGAAACUCAGCUGGACAAAUUACAGAAGGAUGCCAAAACUGCUGAGGAGGCUUUCAACAAUGUGGUGAACUACUUCGGGGAGAGUUCCAAGACGACUCCCCCCUCAGUGUUCUUCCCUGUGUUUGUGCGAUUCAUCCGGGCUUACAAGGAUGCAGUGGAGGACAAUGAGCAGAGGAAAAAGCAGGAGGAAGCCAUGAGAGAAAAGUUACUGGCUCAAGAAGCUAAGCAACACGACCCCAAGGUCCAGGCAGUGAAGAAGAGGCAGCAGCAGCAUGAGCUGAUUGCGGAGCUGCGGAAACGCCAGGCUAAGGACCACCGGCCGGUGUACGAGGGCAAGGACGGCACCAUCGAAGACAUCAUCACAGUGCUGAAGAGCGUCCCCUUCACAGCCCGUACUGCCAAACGGGGCUCACGGUUCUUCUGUGAGGCGCAGCUCUUUGACGACUCCAACUGCUAGCCCCCGACAGUACAUCCCCCCCCUAAUGCCAAGGUUGUCCAGAACAGAUCUCCGCAAUCAGCCUUUCCUACGGCAUGACACGCUGAUCCGGAGCGGCUGGAAGAGACCCUAAACAAACCACGCGUUACCCCCUCGCUUAUCCGCCCUUCCCUAUAUAACCCCCCCACCCCUCAUGUUGCGAUGGUCUCACCCUAAGUCUGAGGCGGCAUCUCCCUGCCAAUCAUGAACUGAAAGGGGGGACCGGACCGAACCAAUGCCCCGAACCAAUGGUUUUACGGGGGGUAUUUAUUUAUUUAUGGAGAUCCUUUAUGGACAUCAUCUCUCAACCUGCAAGUAUAACUGUAAGAGCACAGACAUUAGGUGGGUCAGCCUGCUACCUUCUUCUCCCACCGCAAGCACACACAAACGCAGACGGACAAAGACGCACACACGAGGACUACAGAGAAUGCCUGUGUAUUGGCAGUAUCAAUAGACCUGGGUUUGGCUCGCCCCAACUCGAGCAGGAAGGAAGGAAAGACAUUGCAACUGCGUAAUGUGGCCGUCGAACCACAGGAGUCUCCAGCCAAGUGCCAUCCAGCGUGGACCUUAUUUCCACUUAUGUGGAUUUCCUCAGAUUGUGCAAUCAAGGCAAGAUUGAGACUGGGAAACAGUUCGGAUGACAUGACAGCAUAUGCUAACUAUAUCGCUGCAAUUUCCACUUCAAAUGUGGUGUCAAUAUUGACGCCAAACAGAAGAAAUCUAAAUUAAAAGGGAGGGACUACCUGGACUUAACCAAUAAGAAGCUGUUGUUUUUGUUUUCCGUUCCAAUGGUUUUUUGUUGCAUGCCCUUCUGAAAAAGGCCCAGGGUUUUGCUUGGUCUCGGUCCAAAGAUGAAAGGACUGAACAUUAUUGAUACAGAGACUUUUGAUCUUUGGAGUUUCCUCAACGCAAGCUAACCAAACCAAACAUCUGCUACUCAUGUGUCUUAUUCUUUAUUUUGCCCAAGAAGUGCCUUUGUGUUUAGACAGUAUUUGUAUGUGACUCAGACAUAAUUUGUAACUAGAAAUGGAUUUUUGUUAAAGAUUGUAUUUUGUAUUGCUUUUGUAUAACAUUACUUUCAAAUACUGUAAAAAUGUAUAUGCAAUGGUUUAAAAUCUGAAUCCCAGCUUAAAUCACUAACCAUUAUCGACAGGUUGCUUCUCAGUGCUGAGAUAUAUAAUGGCUAACGUUCAAGAGUCUUCCAUACAUUUUUAAGAGCAGGCAUAAUCCAUCUUUAACCUUAUUUGCUACAGUCCAAUUACCACCUAAGUCUUAAGACACGGGCUGCAUUCACACAGGCAAACCAAUUCUGAUUUUUUCAAUAUCUUUUUCAGAGAUUAUUUGAAUAGUAAAAAAAAAAACAGGGCCACGUUCAGAUGCAAAAAUAUUCAACUUUGCAAACAGAGAUUCCAUUAAUAUAGCCAACAUAACGUGCUAUUCUAAAUAGAGGCAUGUUUGGGGAAUCGGAGACGUUCUUCCACAUAGCAUAUUUCUAUUCUAACAUUUCUGAACGUUGCGUUCAACUAAACGUGCCAUAAAAUGAACUGCCUGUGUAAAUCCGGUCAUACUUAAUAGCCUACCUAUUUACCACUUUUAUCUUAAAUUGAAACAGAACUAUCGCAAACCUCUGACAAAAAAAUUGAAGGAACUUCAUUAUCUUGCUCAGUUCGAAGUUGAAAGCAAUAGUAAAGUUGUUUUGAAUGUUAUACUGACAAGACUUUCUUGUUAAGGAAGUGACGAACGUAUGAAGAUGUUUCUAAACUGACAGUUGCUUAAUUUACUUGCAUUUGUCGGUAGGUAAAAAAAAUGCAUUCCGAUUUAUCUAACCAUGUUCAAUUUGUUCCCUUAAUCUCCAUCGAAUAAGCAGAAUGAUUGUGCACUGAGACUUAUAGGCCUCGAGACAAUUGAGCUUAGACUGCAACUACUACAAGGUUAUGAGACGUUGUGGUGUUGCAAAUAUUCCAUAAUUGCGGUCGAAGCUAAAGUCAAUCUUACAGCGGGUUCAUUAUAUUACCAAUCACUGUAAAUGUUUUAAUUGCAGUUGAAAAUGGUCUUUAAGAGCUGCAGUGCCAAUAGCCCGCUUUCAGAUUGACUCCAAACGUGUCUUUGAAUAUGGCAUUUCCACUAAAGGGACCGCUCAUAUUUACACUACUUACAUUGCCUUAAUGUUGUUAUGAGUUUCUGCUUGAGCGGAUGUUUAUACACUCCAGGUGGAAUAUAAUAGAGGCCAUGUAAUAUUUUGCCAGAAGUAUGAAAUGAAAUGGUGCCUAAUAAAAAAUGUGUGUUAUCUAAUAGGUGAAUAACACCACUCCUCAAUAAACUAAAUUACGUGAGAAUUGUGCAUAUCUCUGUAUUCUGUCACUAUUGUCUGUAUCUGUCUAUAUCUCUAUUUUCUGUCGUUUUCUGGGUGCCUAUUCCACGUAUUCUUUCUUGCCAAAUGAAAGUCAGAGCCACCAUGCAUUUCUACUACAAAAAUCCAUUUAAUUUCUUAUAUCAAAAAGAACCGAAAACAACAGAAUGACAAAAUUCCAUGUAUGGGGUUUUGUUUUGCUGAAGUUUUCCUGUUGAAAUUUAAACAGAUUACCUAAUUUACAUUGUUCAAAUAGAACUAACAGCGCAGACAUUUUAUUAAAAUCCAAUUUAUGAUGAAAACUGUUAAUAACAAGUAAUGGAUACACCAGAUUUGUUUCGUAUUUGGGUUUGUAUGUGUGUCAUGAGUUCCAUGCUGUGUAAUCUGUAAUAUAGUAUGGAUAGGAUUGCAAAGACUCAGCAACUGGACAAAGACUUCAAGGUUUUCCAGAAAAAACUUUUCAUUCUUUUGACAAAGUUACCGCAACUUUGCGACCUUAAGUAUGGCAAAUAUGGCUGAUUAUCUCCAAUUGGUUAAAAGCAGCAUGGCCAGCAGAGUGUGAUUGGCUGAGGCUGGACCAAUGACAGGUAGGCAGACAAGGGCUAGCUGGCUGACAGAGAUGGUUAGACAAACAGAAAGACAUACGACUAGCUCGCGUUAGCAGCAAGGCAGAGAGGGAAUCAGAAGGGAUACUCCAUUCAGGAGGCUAGCCUCUUACAAUAGGCAUAAAAAGAAAUUACAUAAGCAUGACGCACUGUAAUUAUUACACACAUUAAAAACAAAACAUAAAAACAUGCAACCUUGUUUUAAAAUGUCCACGGAAGUACCAUGAAACAACUGGCUCUCUGACCUCUCCUGAAAGAACAUUUAAGUGUGUAUGUUUACAAUCAUUGACACAGACAAAAGCCUCGUCUGCUUGGUGUGUUUACAGAGGCUUGCCUGGUG